CAAACAUGUGGCAAGGGAGGAUGAGCAGAUAGACUUUGGUCCAUAUGCAGAGCAGCAAGUCACAGAGGGGAGUGUUUGCCACCGAGGGAGGUGUGUGCGGACGCUCUAUAAUCGGGGUAAAGCAUUCAGGAUUCAGGCUUACAUGCUGAAAACACAGAAGAGCAGAGAGGGUGUGGCACAGGGAGGUAGUUCAUAGAGAUUCCCUGUGUAUCAAACUGCUUGUAAUGCUGAUGCUGCCUCUUCCUCUGCUAAGCCACUGACAGGUCUGCCCUGGAGCUCCUGACAAUAAUAACAGUGCCUGAAGUAGGAAAAGAUGAUCAGCACGCAACGCCGGCACACCUUUUCACUCUAGGUUUACCAAUCCACAGUUCAACAGCAUCAUCUGACAGUCAUCUCUAACUGCAUGGAUGAAGACCAUUCUACUUGCAACAGGCCUCCUAAUUGACUCCUAAUGCAAGAAUAAGAAAGGAAAAGCAUGACCGUCCAUUUGGCUUUACAGUUUUCAUAAUUGGCAACAUUUUGAACCUAGAAGAUUGCAAAAUGGGACUCCAUGCAAGAUCUGCUGGUGACCUCAUUACAAGCUGCUGCUUAGGGAAAACCUUGUCUCACCACAGCCACAAACACCCAUUUGUUCAUAAGAAACUAAGAUUUAUUCGAAUACUGGGUCUUUUCCUCUGCAUAACAGCCAUAAGCACUUUGUCCUCCACAGUUGGUGCCUUUUUAAAGACAGAACUUUACAACAGUGACAAGUCCAGUGCUACACACAGCCAUAUACUACUGCAGCGGCAUCAACGAAAUCUGAUGGACUUUGCAGAACAAAAUCAGAAUGAUACCCCUGGCUCUACUAUAUCUAUGAACUACAAGGCAGGGGGUAAUAAAUCCCUUUCCAAAGGUGAAUACCCAGAAGACAUUUUUUCGUUAGAAGACAGGAAGAGGGGUGCUGUUGUACUCCAUAUAUUUGGGAUGAUAUAUAUGUUCAUAGCGUUAGCUGUAGUUUGUGAUGAAUUUUUCGUUCCAUCGUUAACAGUUAUCACUGAAAAACUGAUGAUUUCGGACGAUGUGGCAGGGGCAACUUUUAUGGCUGCUGGGGGAUCUGCACCGGAACUCUUUACAUCCUUAAUAGGAGUAUUUAUAUCACAUAGCAAUGUCGGUAUUGGGACCAUUGUUGGAUCAGCAGUAUUCAAUAUCCUGUUCGUGAUUGGCAUGUGUGCUUUAUUUUCUAAAGAGGUAUUAAACCUAACCUGGUGGCCACUGUUUCGAGAUGUGACAUUUUAUAUCGUGGGAUUGAUUAUGCUCAUAACAUUUUUCUUGGACAAUAUAAUCCAAUGGUGGGAAAGCCUUAUGCUGCUCAUGGCAUAUUUAACGUAUGUUACUUUUAUGAAGUUCAAUGUCCAGGUGGAAUCCUGGGUGAAGAGGAAACUGAACAGGAACAAGGUUGUUAAGGUAUCAUCAGCCAAUUCUGAUGGAAAGGAACAUAGAGAGCAGCCAAACAUCCUAGUUCUUCAAGAAGAGCCAAGGACUCCACAAGAGCAUGAAGGAGUAGCCAUGAAUGUUCGACAUGGAGAUGUAAAUGAGACUGCAGGGCUAAAAGAGACAUGGACUGAGACGGUCACAUCCCCUACUAAGACAAAACCAAGGCUACAGCGAGGUGGUAGCUCUGCUUCACUGCACAACAGUCUUAUGAGAAAUAGCAUCUUUCAGCUAAUGAUCCAUACACUUGAUCCUCUGUCUGAAGAAAUUGGAUCAUAUGGGAAACUAAAAUAUUAUGACACUAUGACUGAAGAAGGAAAGUUCAAAGAGAAGGCUUCAAUCCUGAAUAAAAUGGCAAAAAUGAAGUGCCAGGUAGAGGACAGUGAAAGAUUAAAUGGAGCUGCCAACUGUAUAGACAAAGUUGAUCUUCCAAACAGUGCUAAUGUUGAAGUGGAAGUGACACCACCUAAAGAAUCUGAUGAUCCAAUUCAAAAUGGGAAUGUGUCCCACAACAUAGAAGCCGCAGAAACACAGGGCACGGCUGCAAAUAUGAUCGAGGAAGGAGACCAACCACUAAGCUUAGCAUGGCCCACCAAUCAGCGUAAGCGGGCUGUGUAUCUUGCUGUGCUGCCAAUUAUUUUCCCUUUAUGGAUCACAUUACCUGAUGUCCGCAAUGAUUCAUCAAGAAAGUUUUUCCCUGUAACAUUUUUUGGAUCGAUCACCUGGAUUGCAAUAUUUUCUUAUUUAAUGGUCUGGUGGGCACAUCAGGUGGGAGAGACUAUUGGCAUUACUGAAGAAAUAAUGGGGCUGACUAUAUUAGCUGCUGGCACCUCCAUCCCAGAUCUCAUAACCAGCGUUAUUGUUGCACGCAAAGGCCUGGGAGAUAUGGCAGUUUCCAGCUCCGUAGGAAGCAACAUUUUUGACAUCACUGUUGGCCUCCCUAUGCCCUGGCUUCUGUAUGCCAUGUUUCACCGCAUGAAACCAGUAGCAGUGAGCAGCAAUGGCUUGUUCUGUGCAAUUAUCCUUCUCUUUAUAAUGCUGCUGUUUGUUAUCCUAUCCAUUGCUUUGUGCAAGUGGAAGAUGAACAAGGUCUUGGGAUGUAUGAUGUUUGGGCUGUACUUGGUUUUCUUGGUCAUCAGCGUACUUCUAGAGAACCGCAUCAUCUUAUGUCCGGUUACUGUCUAGGCUAAAAAGCUGAAGAAUGGUGGAGCAGAUGUUCUUGAACAUAAAGGGCAGUAGCAUGGCUUUGCCCUCAGAAGGCCAACGUGCAACCUUGAAAUACUGUCAGAGGACAUAUGAUCAGUGGAUCAGUCCUGGAGAAUCUAGAAUCUAUACAAACUUUUACUGUACAUUUCUAGUGCACGUUGUAUUCUUCUAUUACUCCCUUUACAUAUGAUAUAUACAUUAAUAUGCAGGGUAUACUAAGCAAAAGAGACAUAUUAGUAAGCAAAAUCUCUAGAAUUUAAUAUCAGCUACUCAUUGGAAAUCAUAGAUGUCCAGUAGCCGUAAAUAGAUUGAGCGUAUCAAUUCCUCACCAUGGAUGUAUUUCAACACUUCUUUACCUGUAGUGUAGCCUGGAAGGGGUGUUGCAUAAAAAAGAUAUUUAACUCCGCUGAGUAGUAUAGGAACCACUUGUUCAAUGAGUAUAAUGCAAAUGUGGCAAAGUGGAUUCUGGGAAUGAAGUGUAUAUGGGAGAUUUAGGUUUGCUACCUACUGUAUACUAUCUUUUGUCUUUAUUAAAAUUUAUCAAUGGCAGUAUUGCACACUUCACAUAGAAGAACAGAAUGGGUUUAUAUAUAUAUAUAUAUACUAGCCCAGGAAGGCUUACAACCUAUUUUGUGUAUAAAAAAAGAGGCGUAUGGUCAAGAACUUAUGUGACAGAGUCUUGUGAUUUCAGGUCCCAGGUUGAAAUAACAAUUUGUACUCCUGUUCUAAUUGCAAGGCUGAAUAACAUCUAUUAAAAACAAUAAACCAUUUCAUGGC